AUGUGGAGAUCAAGGGUAGUUUCUGUGAGUGGUGCAUUGCACAGACACCUUGCUAGGAAUUCUGUGCGUUUCCACUCCCUAAAAGCUGCUUCCAGUCUGGACGGCAGCGCUGGGACAUCGAGUGAUGAGCUUUCGCAUUUCAAGAGUUUGGCACCUAGCUGGUGGGAUACAGAAGGCUCGCAGAGGUUGCUACAUCAGAUGAACCUGAUGCGAAUGGAUUUCAUCCAGAGGAACCUGAGAGCGCUGGAAACGGUUGAGGAUGCGGACACGUUUAUCCCCGGAUACAACUACCAAGAAUUCUUACCCAAGAGUGUUUCCAAGAUAGUUAACCAAGAGUGGGAUCAGAAAGUCAGCGAUCUGUUGAAGAAGAAGCAAUUGUCUGUUCUGGAUGUUGGUUGCGGCGGCGGUAUCCUUUCUGAAUCGAUGGCUCGGUUGCCCUUUGUCAAACACGUCCGGGGAAUUGAUCUGACCGAGGACUGUAUCCUAAUCGCGCAAGUACACGCAUCCUCCGAUCCGUCGUUGAAUGGUAAACUGGAUUACAAGGUGGAAUCUCUGGAUAAAGUUCAUGGUAAGUUUGACAUUGUAGGCUGUUUUGAAAUGCUGGAGCACGUUAGCAGACCAGAUAUUAUUCUGGAACAUUGUUGGAAUAGGUUGAACCAAGAUGGUGUGUUAUUUUUAAGUACUAUCAACAGAGGGUUUGUCUCUUGGUUCACGACUAUUUUUGUGGCCGAGAACGUCCUCGGGAUUGUGCCCAGGGGGACACACCAACUCAAGAAGUUCAUAAAGGCGCAAGAAGUGGUCGAAUGGUUUAACAAAAAACACGCGAAAGAAUUUAAAAUCCUCGAUCUCAAGGGUACCAUGUUUGUCCCGAUGAAUGGCUGGGUCGAACAUGACUGCACAUCCGUGGGGAACUACAUCAUGGCAAUACAAAAACUGCACUGA